AAAGAAUCUUCUCCGCACAUAUGAUUCUUUUACAGCUGGUGUGGCUCGAUUGAGUGCUUACUCCUGCCCAUGCGACUCGCUAAAUGUACGAUCCGCCAUAUUACCGUAUUUAUUCUAUCCAAUUAGUAUUCUUCAUUAUUUCGAAUACCGACACGCUUUACAUCCGUCAUAUUAGCUGAAUUAUAUCAUGAUAGGCGUCACUAUGCGCCCGAUAGCACCCGAAAUGGCAGCUCGACCUGCACUGCACGCUCCCCCGCACCAAAGCCCCAGAUCUUCGCCUGGAGAUCCGUACCGGUAGUCCCGGCGUUGCAGUCAUGAUAAGCCGGCACGUAAUAUGAGCUAACAGGCGGUGAAUUGAAAUUCAGCCCGUGGGGUCCUAAGACAGGCUUACUAGGGCCCGGACUCUAGACAUUUAUAAACCGGGAGCUGCCUUGGAUUUGGAGCGUCUAGGUCGCUUGAACUAAGCAUCACCCCGUGCAGUACUAUCACGAUGUGGCUCGGAUCCGGUAACGGUUGGUGGUUUACCGCUCUCUUUCUCGCUCGCUCUAAUGCGUGUUUACACGAGAGGCUCCCAACCUCAUCCGUGGUAAAAAGGCAAGAUACUCCCCAGGUGCCUUUAAGUCCACAGGAAGCAACCCUCGUAGACGCUAUUUCUAAUACCACCAUUUCGGAAUGGUCCUAUUAUUAUACCCAUGGCGCCCAUCUCGCCGGUAAAAAUCAGACGAUGGCGGAGUGGACGGCGGAACGGUGGAAAGAGAAUGGCUGGAAUUCGAGUGUUGUUUCUUACGAUGUCUACCUGAACUACCCUGUCAACAAGUCUCUAAGUUUGACGUAUUCUAAUGGUACCAUUUUAACACCAAAUUUGGAGGAGGCUGUGCUUGAUGAGGAUGAGACGACUAGCUAUCCCAAUCGAAUACCUACAUUUCACGGGUACUCAGCUAGCGGAAGCGCUGAUGCAGAAUUCGUCUACAUCGGGCGCGGGCAGCAGGUUGAUUUUGAUAGGUUGACCAGUCUGGGCGUACCGCUGGAAGGCAAGAUCGCUAUUGCUAAAUACGGGGGGCCGUUUAGGGGAUUAAAAGUGAAAAAUGCGCAAGAGAAUGGAAUGAUUGGCGUGGUCAUUUUUACAGACCCCUCUGAAGACGGGAACAUUACCGAAGCUAAUGGGUACACCGCUUACCCUGACGGCCCCGCACGGAAUCCAUCGGCUGUCCAGCGAGGGAGCGUGCAAUUCCUGUCAAUAUAUCCGGGCGAUCCCACAACCCCUGGUUAUCCUUCAAAAGAAGACUCGCCGCGCGCUGACCAUUCGCAAGUAGUCCCUAGAAUCCCUUCGAUUCCAAUAUCAUAUGUGAAUGCUAUUCCAAUUCUUUCCGCGCUCGAUGGACACGGGACAACUGGUGCAGAAGUCAAUCGUACGGGUUGGGUUGGCGCAUUGAAUGUCUCAUACAGCACCGGACCAGCCCCCAAUACGAAGAUUAGCCUAUCGAAUCUUAUGGAGGACGCAUACACGCCGAUUUGGGAUUCAAUUGGGAUAAUCAACGGCACGAUCGCAGAUGAGACAAUUGUGAUAGGGAACCAUCGGGAUGCAUGGAUCGUAGGAGGCGCCGCCGACCCAAAUAGCGGAACUGCUAUUAUCGUCGAACUGUCUAAGGCAUUUGGAAAGCUUUUGUCUCAAGGAUGGAGGCCGAAGCGAAAUAUUGUUCUAGCAUCCUGGGAUGCUGAGGAAUAUGGUCUCGUUGGCUCAACCGAAUGGGUUGAAGAAUACAUACCCUGGCUUACGGAGACUGCGGUAUCGUACUUGAACAUCGAUGUCGGCACUUCUGGGCCCUGGCCGUACAUUGAGGCAACGCCCGAGCUCCAUACGAUCGCCACGGAUGUUAUGAAGAAGGUUUUGUGGAUGAAUACGACCCGUACGAUGUACGACGCUUGGUUCGAAUAUACACAAGGUUCGAUUGGUGUAUUGGGCAGUGGCAGCGACUAUACAUCUUUUGUUCAUAAAGGAAUUGGCGCUAUUGACAUGAGCGCUGGCCCGGGCUCGACAGACCCCGUCUACCACUACCAUAGUAACUUUGACUCUUAUCAUUGGAUGUCGACAUUCGGAGACCCUGAGUUCCUAGCGCAUAAAUCUAUGGCUCAAUAUCUAACCCUUCUAGCAUAUGCUCUCGCAGAUGAAGACGGAAUUCAAUUUGAUUUGCCUAAUUAUGCUACCCAAUUAGAAACCUAUUACGACGAUCUUCUUUCUACGAUAGAUUCAGCAUCGCUGGAUUUGGAUACUUCUACGCUCCAGGAUGCGAUAAACGAGUUCAAAACCGGAGCUGCGGAAGUGCAAGACCUUGAGAAUCAGGCUAUCGCAGCGAACGACUCUAGUCUCCUUACCUUGGUAAAUCACAAGUAUAAAGAUUUCCAGAGGGGCUUUACGUCACAAGGCGGUUUACCCAAUCGCGAGUUUUAUAAGCACCUAAUUUUUGCGCCAGGACUUGAUACUGGUUAUGCGGCUACGACGUUCCCCGGUAUAACGGAGGCGGUAGAAGUUAAGAAUGUGUCGCUGGCAGCUCAAUUUGUACAAAGGACUGCAGACGCUAUCUUGGUAGCUGCGAACAUAAUCAAGACUUGAUUUAAUGUAUAAAACAAAAUAUCCAGCCCAAACAAAGAGACUGUAUAUUCUCGUGGUGUAGUGUUGUAGUUAGAGAAUGAAGUUGAUGCGCUUGUUUGCUGCUGGGUAUAAAGACAAAACCGGCUCUAGGCGGUAAUGUUAAUCAUACAGCCUACUUGGGUACUAUAAAUAUGUUACCCGUUUCCCUGCGAUGGCGAUAGUAGAGCGCUAAAACUUACAUGAGUAGGUACCUACAGUACAGGGCAUGGAUGGUGGGAUUGGGCGCUCUGUACUACCCCUUAGUAGGUACAUGUUCAUCCCUGAAUCGUCGAGACGAGUAAAAAAACAUUGAAUACAAAUUAAAUUUACAUUAUCCAC